AUGCCCCGCACCUACGGUAAAUCCAAAGGCAAGGCGAAGCAAACACGGCUUGCCUUUGUACCAGCAGAGUUCGAUUCAGAAAUUAAAGAUGACAAAAGCAGUCGCAAAGCGAAUGUUCGCUACACUCACCCAUCAAUGUCCACUGUGCGCCGAGGCCGAUCAGCUGGCGAGCAAAGCUCAGCGCCCGCGCCGUUUGUGACAGUCGAGCCUUCGCCCGAGGAGUCGUCGCAUUCGGAUGUUGGGAAACGAUCUAAAAGGCGCCCGCGGAGUGAGAAACGAGGUUCAUCACAAAAAUCCACCUCGAACAAUGUAACUCCAUCUGCCCCUCCUUCUCCGCCAACGGCUACUCAGGAUUCCGAAAGCGAAUUGGACAUUGUACACAGCGCGCGCAAAACCACGAGGACAAGGGCAAUGAAGCGGAAGAGACCGGUGGAUUCCUCGGAGUCGGAAGAACAGCAGAAGUCGGAGGAAAGUGAUGUGGAUGAGAUCGUUUCUCGGCCUCGUCGGAAAUUGAGACGUGGCGGAGCACCUCAAGCUAUCGUGGUUGACGACGAUUCUUCGGAUGAAGAGAUUCGGAUUGUCGCUUCUAAAUCGCCCAGUGUUCCUCACACCCCACGCCGAGACUCGGCUCAGGACAGGAUUGACUUAGAGGAGGAUCUCGAGGAUUUACAGGACUCAGUCGUCAGAACCUCACGCACUCGCGGGAACAUCGCCAAUUCAGCUAGGGCUCAGAGACAACUACACCUUGAAGCGUUGCGACGCCGAAGAGCUGGGCAGAAAGAAGAGGACGAAGAUCAUCAGCUAUCACCACAACCAGAAGGGUCAGAGUCGGAAGAUAACGAGGAAGAGUUGGAAGAUGAGGAAGCGCCAGUCCGCCAGCCGGCCUUCCGAAGCUGGGCUGAUCAGAGCGAAGGCAGCGACGUCGAAUCUACGAUAGGAGCGAACGAUGACCUCGACCGUUACGAGGACGACUUUGUGUUGGAGGACGAAGACGACAAGCUUGGAGCUCCUACCGGUCUGGAGGAUAUACCAAUCGAGUUCUCUCGUCAUUCCUACAAACAGCUGAAGGAUUAUUUCCAGGAUGCCGUGGAAUGGAUGGUGCACAACCAACUCAACCCCGCUUUCCCUCGUUCAGAUCCUGUCUACAGGGUAGCCUUCGACAAGCUCGAACAAGAAGUCCGAGGGCGUACGGGUUCGCAGCUUGUAUCAUCUGUCUGGAGCACCGAUUUCCGCAGGGCACUGCUAGCACGGCCACAGCUCGAAGUUACAAAAUUCCCGACGGAAUUCCAGCACCCUUGUGACGCAUGCAACCGUUCCGGACACCCAGCGUCCUUUGACAUCAAGCUGUACGGGAAAGCAUACUCGCUCGAGAUGCUCGAGCCGUUAGCGGACGCAGAUGCAGACAGCGAUGAAGAGCAAUCAGGAAGCGAAGAAGACAGCGAUGGCAAAGAAAGAGACCGGGACGGCUACGUCUUACCAGACGAAGACAAACGAUUUUACCUCGGACGACACUGUAUGAAAAACGCAGAUAUGGCACAUACUCUAACUCACUGGCGCUUCCACCUCAACGAAUGGGUCGUCGAACACCUCCGGACAACGGGCUACAUGUCGGAAAGGAAGAUCAUCAAACGUUGUCACAUGAGCCAGAAGAAGAAGAACAAGCAUGCUGCCAAGGCCUUCGUCAAGAUGAUUGAAUCGGGAGAGGUCAAGAAGUUGUGGCGCGAUUUCCAUAUCAAUUUGAGGACUGCGAGGGAGUCAACGACACUCUGA